AUGUAUAUGUUUUUAUUAAUCGAAUUAACAAGUGGACAAGAGUGCCAAUGCUACCCAGUUGGAACAAAAUCAAGCGACGUGUUUUCACCUGCGGGUUGUGAAAAUACAGAGACGCACUCCUAUUGUUUUGAAAAUAAUUUUUAUUAUGACACAAAUUCAAUUUUUAAUGAAACUAUAAUUAAGAAAACUCUUACAAUAAAUUCAACUGUUGGUUUUAAAAUAUCAAAUUAUUUUCGAUUAGUUGACAACGUCGUUCUCACACAAAAUGGCGCAUUUCAUAUUGUCAAUGGAACGAUUAUUGGAGCAAACUCACAGCUUCUUGUCAACACUUUUUAUUCACUUGCUGGGUAUAUCCAAUUAGAAAAUCCUCAAUUAAAUCGUCCACAAAUAAUUCUUUGGAAUUCUUCAUAUCUUCAUUUAAACAGGAACAUCACGAAUAGAGUCGAUUUCAAAUCAAAAACCCCACUGGCAACACAAAGUGCUUUGACGCUCGAUAACAUCUGCAUUUUGUCAACAAUGUUUCCUUACAAAUUUGAUGAUGGAAUUGGCUAUCUUAUAUCAAAUCAAAGACUCAUUAGAUUUUGCCCGAAAGGUACUAAUUUAUCAAAUACAGUGACGUGCACGCUGGUUAACAGAUUAUAUACUGAUUCAAACUAUUCCCCAAAUUAUUCACCACAAACAUUUGACUAUCCACACUGUCCGUGUAAUAGUGAUAAGACUUUAAAUUGUGAAUUGAAAUUAAUGACAAAUUCAGUGUUAACUUACUCUUUUGGAGAUAUCAAAUUUGAUGCUGAACAAAUACCUUUUACAACUCCUUGUUCAGUCAAAUUUGACACUUCAACGAACACAUUUUCAUGUAACAAUGAUAUGAUCUUUUCGGUCAAUUUUACUAAGAAAGUUGAGAACUUUGUGAUUAACAGUUCCUCAAAAAUCGCUUCACUGAAUUUGUUUUCAAAUUCUUCGGUGUUUAUAUUGGGGAAAACUAAACUUAACAAUAUCAUGCCAAUGUAUUUUGGGGAGUUUGAUCGAAGCUAUGUUAUAAUGAUUGAUGGAACAUUAAACAGCAACAAUUGUAUACUUCUUGAAAUAACAAAAGAAAAAACAACAUGCAAAUUGUGUAAUUCUGAUUACCGACUUUACGAUGGGACGUGUAUUAUAAAAGAAAGUAAUUGUGUAAAUUAUAACAAGAAUAGUAUUUGUGUAUCAUGUUCUAGUGGAUAUGUGUUAGACGACAAUUAUAAUUGUAUUUUAUCAGAAAAGUGUGAGUAUGGAACGACAUCUAAUUGUUACAAAUACAACAAUUGUAUUUUAAAUCACAAUUGUAUCUAUGGAGAUGGGACUGUUUGUAUUAAAUGUGAAACUGGUGAGUCUCAUAGUAAAUGUGAGAAUUGUGCAAAUACAAAUUGUCUUAAAUGUAACAGUGAUGUUUGUAGACUUUGUCAGACUGGAUAUGUUCUGAAUGAUACAAAAAAUUGUGUAAAAGAAAGCUUAGGAUUUUCAUACGGAAUAUCAACUGUUUAUUGUAACAACAAGUUUUAUAUGGAAAAUUUUAAAUGUAGAAAUUGUUUAACAAAACAUGAAAAUUCAAUUCUUUGCAACACAAAUAUUUCUUUGCGAUGUGAUGACAAUUUUAUUAUCACAGAAGACGGAAAUUGUAUAACCAAAAAUUGCAAAGUCAAUGAAAUAAAUGAAGAAAAUGGGCAAUGUACUUUACCACAAGAAAAGUGUCUUUCUAUAGUUAAUAACAAGUGUAUAGAAUGUGAUAGUAAUUAUAUAUUAACAAACACUUUUACAUGUGAAAUAAUGAAUGCAACAAAUUCAAUUGAAAAUUGCAAACAAAAUAAUCAAAUGGGGUGUAUAGAGUGCGACUUUGGAUAUUACUUAUCACAUGGUCUUUGUUUUUCAUGUUCUGAAAAUUGCACAAGUUGUAUAGAAACAUCGACAAAAUGUCUUUCAUGUGAAAUUGACUAUUAUCAAGGUGACAAUUAUAAGUGUCUUCCAAACGGUGAGUUAACAGAAAAAUGUGAUAAGAUAUCUACUGUCACAACCAGGCGUAUUAUUUUUUUGCCUCGUUUUUGUUUUAAAAAACAGAGGGCUGGUGUUAAUUUUUUCCCAAAAACAUAUUUUUAA